UACGUUGGCUAUAUUGUCUGAAUUUGUUUGGCGGGACGUUCUACAAAAAAAAAAUAUUUUAUUUAAAGUGAUUUAAAGGCGUUUAAAGCGACUUUAUUAUAUGAUAUAAGUCAGUUAAAGAUAUACUUCAGUAAAAAAUGGGAAGUUUAGGAGAUAAAGGAGGAGAUACUGCAGAAACCUUCGACGAUGCUGUCGAAGAACGUGUUAUUAACGAAGAAUACAAGAUAUGGAAGCGAAACACGCCCUUUCUGUACGAUUUGGUCAUGACCCACGCCUUAGAAUGGCCCUCAUUAACAGCCCAAUGGUUACCUGAUGUUACACGUCCCGAAGGAAAGGACCAUUCACUGCACAGAUUGAUUUUGGGUACUCAUACAAGCGAUGAGCAGAAUCAUUUGUUAAUUGCCAGUGUGCAAUUACCAAAUGAAGAUGCCCAGUUUGAUGCAUCCCAUUACGACAAUGAAAAAGGAGAAUUUGGAGGCUUUGGUUCUGUUUCUGGAAAGAUCGAGAUCGAAAUUAAAAUCAACCACGAAGGAGAAGUGAAUAGAGCCAGAUAUAUGCCCCAGAAUCCAUGUGUUAUAGCCACUAAAACACCAUCAAGUGAUGUUUUAGUGUUUGAUUACACCAAGCACCCUUCUAAACCUGAUCCCAGUGGAGAAUGUCAUCCGGAUUUGAGACUGAGAGGCCAUCAAAAAGAGGGUUACGGAUUGUCUUGGAACCCGAAUCUUAACGGAUAUUUAUUGUCAGCUAGCGACGAUCAUACUAUUUGUUUGUGGGAUAUUAAUGCCACACCAAAAGAGAAUAGAGUUAUUGACGCUAAAACGAUUUUCACAGGUUGUCACACAGCUGUUGUUGAAGAUGUGGCUUGGCAUUUACUGCACGAAAGUCUGUUUGGUUCAGUUGCCGAUGAUCAAAAAUUGAUGGUUUGGGAUACAAGAUGCAACAAUACCAGUAAACCAUCUCAUACAGUCGAUGCUCACACUGCAGAAGUAAACUGUUUAAGUUUUAACCCAUAUUCAGAGUUUAUCUUGGCAACAGGUUCAGCUGAUAAAACUGUAGCUCUGUGGGAUUUGAGGAACCUCAAACUGAAAUUGCACAGUUUUGAGUCACAUAAAGAUGAGAUUUUCCAAGUCCAAUGGUCACCACAUAACGAAACUAUUUUGGCAUCGUCGGGAACAGAUAGGAGGCUCCAUGUUUGGGAUUUAAGCAAAAUAGGUGAAGAACAAAGUGCAGAGGAUGCAGAAGAUGGUCCACCUGAAUUGCUCUUUAUUCAUGGAGGACACACAGCUAAAAUAUCCGAUUUUAGUUGGAAUCCGAACGAGCCAUGGGUAAUUUGCUCGGUAUCUGAGGAUAACAUAAUGCAAGUGUGGCAAAUGGCUGAAAACAUUUACAACGAUGAGGAACCGGAACAGCACACUUCAGAUCCCGAAACGCCAGCUCCAUAAAUCACAAUUAUUAAUAAUACACAUAUUUAUUAUCAUUGUACGAAUCUUGAAUUCCAUUUUAGUUGUAAUUUUACUUAUGUUUAAGCAAAUGAAUAAACCGUUUCUACUACAA